GUACUAGUCUUGGUGGAAUCCGCGGCGCCUUACCCCCAUUCAUUUUCCGCUCUCAGGAUCAUCCAUAUCUUCUCCAUUCCAAUUUAUUCGCCUACCAAACACAGUCUCGUCCAUCAUAGCCGCCUAUAACUGUAUUCACAUUAUUCUCUCCCUCUUUUUCUCUCUAAAACCUCUGUUUUCUCGCCGCCGCCGCUGCUUAUGGAAUGACUGAUUACAGCCUACCGGAGAUGAAUCUCUGGGCCGAUUCCUCCGGCCACAACGCUUCCAUGAUGGAUGCAUUCGUUUCCUCCGAUCAGCCUCCCUUCUGGGUCUCGCCUGCCGGUAAAUUCCAUCGGGCUGCGUUGGGCCCGCCUCAUCAUCUGUCCUCCUCCGCCGCCGCCGCCGCCGCUUCCUCGGUCGUCCUCAGCCAGGAGACCCUCCAGCAGCGCCUGCAAAUCGUGAUCGACGGCGCCCGGGAGUCGUGGACCUACGCGAUUUUCUGGCAGGCGUCGGUGGCUGAACUGGCAUCUCCGUCGCUGUUGGGGUGGGGCGACGGGUACUACAAGGGUGAGGACGACAAGGCCAGGGCGAGGCGAAAGGCGACGUCUCCCGCCGAACAGGCUCACCGGAAGAGGGUUCUCCGCGAUCUCAAUUCACUCAUCGCCGGUCCUGGAUCGGGCGACGAUUCCGUGGACGAAGAAGUCACCGAUACCGAGUGGUUUUUUCUCGUCUCCAUGACCCACUCCUUUGCUUCCGGGUCGGGUCUCCCGGGUCGGGCCUUCUCCAGUUCGAGCCCAAUUUGGAUCUCCGGCCAGGAUAACCUCGCUUCGUCUCCCUGCGAGCGAGCCCGGCAAGCGCAGAGCUUCGGACUCCAAACCAUGGUCUGUAUUCCCUCACCCAACGGAGUGGUUGAACUCGGAUCCACUGAAUUGAUUCACCAGAGCUUAGAAUUGGCGAACAAGGUUAGAUUCCUGUUCAAUCUGAACAACAACAACAACAAUCAUAAUCCCGUCCCGACCUCGAUCUCCUGGCCGCCGGAAGCCGACCCCUCAGCCACCUGGCUCACCCACCCAACCUCUUCCUACGUUGAGGUGAAAGAUUCCUCCAACACAUCAGUCCAAGAGAAUUCAUAUCUUUCCAGCGGCGUAAAACAAAUCGUGUUUGGCAGUGAGAAUUCCAUCGCCCUUAAUCACAAUCUCGAAGUUAAAUCCCAACAAACAAAAGGGUACUCACCAAAGGAUCUCAAUUCCUUUGAGUUUGGGAAUUCAUCACAUUCUUGCAAACCCGAGACAGGCGAGAACGGGAAUCCAUUUUCCGGCCAUUUUCCGGCUGGGGCUGGAGCGGACGAGGGAAAAAACGUAAAAAGACCCGCCACGUCUAGGGCGAGCAAUGAGGAAGGAAUGCUCUCAUUUGUUUCGGACCAAUCAGAUGUAGAAGUCUCAGUGGUGAAGGAGGCGGAGAGUAGCCGUGGAGGAGGAGGAGGGGUGGAGGUGGAGGGGGAGAAACGGCCGAGGAAGAGGGGGAGAAAACCGGCAAACGGGCGAGAGGAGCCACUGAACCACGUGGAGGCAGAGAGGCAGAGGAGGGAGAAGCUGAACCAAAGAUUCUACUCGUUGCGAGCCGUGGUCCCAAAUGUUUCAAAAAUGGACAAAGCCUCCCUCCUUGGGGACGCCAUUGCGUACAUAAACGAGCUCAAAUCCAAGCUUGAGAACUCGGAAUCCUACAUAGAGGACUUGAAGAUGAGAUUGAGGGAACUGAGUGGCAACAAAGAGGAGCCACCAUCCAAGAAACCACCACCACCAAACCAGGUGGUGGUGGUGGUGCAAGACAUGGAUGUGGAGGUGAAGAUCAUGGGUUGGGACGCGAUGAUCCGGAUACAAUGCAAUAAAAACAACCACCACCCUGCCGCCCGCCUCAUGGUGGCACUGAAGGAGCUAGACUUGGAUGUUACCCAUGCCAGCGUCUCAGUCGUGAAUGACUUGAUGAUCCAACAAGCCGCUGUGAGGAUAGGACCUGCCCAUAGAUUCUACACUCAUGAUCAGCUACGCCGAGCAUUGAUGACCAAACUAGCAGAAAAUUUUUGAAUGGUUUGCAUUGGGACGCUCCAUUUCAGCACCUGAGCUCCAUAUAAUUCGUCGAGAUAUGUUUCUGGGCAAUAAACAAACAUUAUACUAUCAAGUUUUUGUGUGGUUGGAGUUUUUGAACUGAGAUUCUUUUUGGCCUUUAUAUGAUGAUGUUAUACUAUGAUGUUCUUAGUGGUCUUUUGGUUACUGUACAUAGACAUAUGGUUUGCCUAAUGUUGAUUGUAAAAUGGCAGGCUUCUAAAUAGAGAAACAAAGUGCUCUUUGCCUGGUGCAGUUGUUCAUGACAUUUGCAUGGUCCCCUGUGCCUUCUUUUCUUCUUCAAAUAAAACUAAUUGGGCUCC